ACCUUGUGUAACUUUGAAACAGAGCUAUGCGAGUUAACUGAUAUCCCUAAAGAUGUUAGAGAAUUGAAUGAUCCAACCAUCAAUGGAUUCUUCAAUAAUGAGAAGGAAUUCUCAGCACAAUCUAGUUAAACCCUAAUUUAUUUAUUUAUUGUUGUCCCCCAAAUCCCAAAUUAGACACUAAUAUCAAACUAAACCUUAACAGUUCCAUUAAUACCGCCUAAUUUUGAUUCUACUUUCAUCCCUUAUUUUGAAUUUACAAUCCUCUUGGGGCAUAUAUCAGGUUGGAGACGGCGAACGGAACCUGAUCAGAAGGGAAAAAAGAAGAAGAAGAGAUUUAAUAGGUGAUUCUGCAGCUGGCAUGUUUCUAGCUGACAUCACAUAUCAGGAGAAUGAACUAUGAACUGAACUCGGAGAAUAGCUUUCCGUCAUGACUUCAUUAAUUCGUUCAGUAGAGGGGGUUGCGUGAGUUAUACGAUUCAAGGUACAUACCCACUGGAGCACAUUUUGGUCAUUAAUGGGUGAUCAAAACUCAAUUCCUAAAGAUCUUCGUCCUUCGAACAUACCUCGAACAGUUGGAGAUGAACCUCGCGUUCCAAUAGGGAGAAGUGCAUUGGAAGGAUUUUGCCCUAAUUCUGUAGUUGAUGUUAAUAGUCUGCUGCUGAUCCUGGUUCCAGAUCAGUAUUCUAUCCAGCAACGAUAUCUGAUGCUGGAUAUGGCGCAACAGGUUUAGGUUUUGCUAAUCCAGCCAUGGCUUGGUACCCACUUUGUCGAUUACAACCUGUUGGUUCUAGUUUUGUUCCUGUAACUGGAUCCAGGGAUGAUACAGAUAUUGAGAAUUUCGUUAACAAUCAAGGUCAUGGAAGCAAUCUCGGUGAGUAUCCCAGUGAUGAAGGUAAUGACGAUUCCUCUAAAACUAAGAAAUUAAAAUUCUUAUGUAGUUUUGGUGGUAAAAUCCUGCCUAGACCAAGUGAUGGAAUUUUGAGAUAUGUUGGAGGUCAGACUAGGAUCAUUAGUGUUAGGAGAGAUGUUAGUUUUCAUGAGUUGGUGCAGAAAAUGAAUGACGUUUAUGGGCAACCUGUGGUUUUCAAGUACCAACUCCCUGAUGAGGAUCUUGAUGCCCUAGUCUCAGUUUCAUGUCCUGAGGAUCUCGAUAACAUGGUAGAGGAGUAUGAAAAGUUGGUUGAGAAUUCCGUUGACGGGUCAGCAAAACUUCGGGUAUUUUUAUUCUCUGCAUCUGAGCUUGACUCAUCUGGUACAGUGAAAUUAGGUGAUUCAAACGAUAGUGCACAGAAGUAUUUUGAUGCUGUGAAUAGAAUUUCUGAUCUUGUUGGUUGUGGUAUUACAAGGAGAGGCAGUAUGGCGAGUGUGGCAUCAACACAGAAUUCAGAUAGGAUGAGUGGCGGGGGAGAAGCUGUUGAUAGCUCAAGUUUGGGUCAAGGGCCACCUUCUCCAGUCGUUUUAUCUCCCAGAAGAAGUUCUGGGGCUUCUUCCCAUGAUGGCCAAGCAAGGAUUGUUUAUGUAGCUCCUAAUCAUGCUAUGUAUACAGAAGCUCAAUCAGCAAAUUAUGUUGCUCCAACUAUUUCAUCAAGUCAUCCUCCUGCCCAAUUGUUUGAAAGUGACCUAGAGAGACCAGUGCAAGCAAUGGGACAACCACCAUUAUUGGGGAGUGAUUUUGGUCCACCUUCUGGAAUAGAGUAUACGCCCUCAACUGUUUAUAUGCAGGGAUAUCCUCGCCAGGAGGUAUUUCAAGAUGCAGAUCAUCCGCCAAUUACUUCCCAAAUGGGGUAUUUAAAUCCACCUCAAGUAUUGGGGAUCACAGGGUCAACUUAUAGGCGUGCCGAUAACACAAUGCAGACAAUUUGUGUUCAGUCCCAUCAGUUCAUCCCUGCAAUGCAAAUGACUCAUGCUAGCAUGAGACCCAAUGGAGUUCAGCAUUUAAUUCAACAGCAUCAAACCCAUGUUAAUUCCUACCCCGAAGAAAAUUCAUUUGGUGGUAGGGUUACUCAGGUGUUAGACGACCACAACUACAGAGUUCUCCCAUCACAGGCUCCCUUACAACAGGCUGGACUAGGUUAUGAUUGGCACCAACCUACAGCUCCAGGUAGUGUGGUCUUUUCCGAUGGAUGCUCACCUCGUCAACAGGGGAUUCUUCCUGAACAAAUUUCCAGACUGGAAGAUUGUCAUAUGUGCCAAAAAGCAUUGCCGCAUGCACACUCUGAUACUGUGGUACAAGACCAAAGGGAUCAAGCCACAAGUAUGGUUUCUUCUUCAAUGCCAGCUUUCAGAGUCUCCGUGUUGAAGAUGCGGGAGAGUACUGUUGCAGUUGAACAUCUAGAAGCUUGGCCACGACCUAAAUAUGUUGGACCUAUGAAUCAUGAUGUUGCUGCUCAACAGCUAGGAUUGCAUGGGUUUCCUCCAAAUAUCAAUCUGCGUGUGCGAAAUGACAAUAGAAGUGUCCUCUUGCAACAUCCUGAGGCUGUUGAUCAAUGUAGGGGGAUGUUUUCUCAAGGCGUGAUGCCAGAUAAUGUACAUUCACCUCAUGGUGUAUACAUGGCUAAUUUUCCUCAGGUGCGCCAAGGAGAUGUUGUCCAGCAACCUACGAUGCAGUAUCAGUACCGUGAUAUAAACGACCCUUCGAUUAGCCAUCUACUCCAUGCUGAUGCCCCUCCAGUUAGAGUGGUACCUUUCCAAACUUCAGAACCAGUUAGUCGGGAGUUCUUGGAACACUCAGAUAGGAAUUUUAGGAAUGCUCCGAAGGAAGACAUUGAUGAUCUAAGACGAAUCAAUGUGAGAUUGGAAGCACUUCACAUAGUUCCACCUGAGACUUCUGCAAACAACGAGAAUUCUAGGUCACCUGUUAAUAUAUUUCAGGAAAGGAUCCUGGAUGCUAGACCACAGUUCGUGGCGAAUGACGUGCCCCAAACCAAUGCCUUCGCCAAUACAGGCAAUUUUCUCGAUGAAAAUCAUGGUAAGCCAGCUGAUAUACUGCCAGCGUCGUCUACAGAGGCUCUUUACCUGCACAACCAUCAACUUGAAGAGUUCAAUCAAGUCGCACAAUCAUCAGGAUUAGGUGUUUUUGAACCACUUCCACAUUCAACUACUCCUGCUGAACAUCUGGCUUCUGACAAAAUAUGGCAUGGUAAACCAACAAUCCCACAGAUUGAUUCGGCAUUUACCAAUGUCGAAAGGGAAAGGGUCCCCUUCGUUGGUGAUUGGAAGGACGAGGCUCCACAUAUCCAGUCGAGUAUGGGUUUCAAUGAUGCAACGGCUGCCUCUUCUAAUGGAAACCUGCCAACUGUAUCCGUCUCCAGUGGUUUGGUUCCAGAGUUUUGUGAUCCUGCCACCUCAGACUCGCUUUUCAGCACAAAGGAUCCUUGGAUAUUGAGGCACGACACACAUUUCCCUCCUCCAAAACCUAGCAAGGUAGUAUCUGGUAGAGAAACUUGUACAACCAAGGAAGGGGUCCUCCACCAGCAACCUGGAAAUCUUAACAAGGAUUCAGCCUCAGAACAUGGUAACUCUAGCAAAGGAUCUGCAGAGGAACAUAUCAGGCUAGAACUUCAAUCUGUCGCUGAGGGUGUUGCUGCGUCAGUUCUCCAAUCUUCAUUACAUUCAGACCACUCUGACCAUGAGAUGAAGCAGCCCAUUCCAGACGCCAACCAAGAAAUGGAACUUCGUGUUGGUUGCACAGAAGCAGAGGAUUUUGUUAAAGACGAGGCAAAUUCUUCUGUAUCGCUUUCAGAUGGCAUCGGUCGCUUACAGAUAAUAAAGAACAGUGAUCUCGAAGAGUUACGAGAACUAGGGUCUGGCACCUUCGGUACGGUUUAUCAUGGUAAAUGGAGGGGUACUGAUGUUGCAAUUAAACGUAUCAAUGAUAGGUGUUUUGCUGGGAAGCCAUCAGAGCAAACCCGAAUGAGAGACGAUUGUUGGAACGAAGCCAUCAAGCUUGCUGACAUACACCACCCCAAUGUGGUAGCUUUCUAUGGUGUCGUUCUUGAUGGGCCUGGUGGUUCUGUAGCAACAGUAACAGAAUACAUGGUUAACGGUUCUCUAAGACAAGCUUUUCAGAGGAAUGACAAGGCACUUGAUAAGCGUAAACGUCUCUUUAUAGCCAUGGAUGUUGCGUUUGGAAUGGAGUAUUUGCAUGGAAAGAAUAUCGUACACUUCGACCUUAAAAGUGACAACUUACUAGUCAAUCUCCGGGAUCCUCACCGGCCAAUAUGCAAGGUUGGUGAUUUGGGCCUGUCUAAGGUGAAAUGUCAGACCUUGAUCUCAGGUGGGGUUAGAGGAACACUUCCAUGGAUGGCUCCGGAGCUUUUAAAUGGCAGCAGUAACCUAGUCUCUGAAAAGGUUGAUGUUUUCUCUUAUGGAAUUGUUAUGUGGGAGCUUCUCACUGGAGAAGAGCCAUAUGAUGACUUACAUUAUGGAGCCAUUAUAGGUGGUAUCGUCAGCAACACGUUGCGCCCAGCCGUGCCGGAAUCUUGUGAUGCGGAUUGGAAGUCACUGAUGGAGAGAUGCUGGUCGGCGGACCCUGCAGAAAGGCCGAGCUUUGCGGAGAUUGUAAAUCAGUUACGUAUUAUAGCAGCAUCUCUUCCUACUAAAGGACAAGCUCAAUAAUCAACCUGGGUUGGUCUGUCAGGUCAAUAUGAAAACUGCUGCAAAAUUUAAGGAAAAGGAGUAAACCAGGUGAUGGAAUCCACUCUUGUUUCGAUGAAUUGGGUGGAAGGCUGCAAAAUUUGCAAGGCAUAUGCAUGGGUAUCAAGUCGAAACAUGUGAACUGAUGUAGUAUAGCAAUUGGAUAGACAAGAAUUCGCGGUCUUCUUAGUUUAAGCUUUUUAACACUAAGACUCCAGUCCAAGUCUGUUAUGUUAUGUAGGAUAAAUGAGGUUGUUGAGAAGGGUUUCACUUGGGAAUCACGGGUUUGCUGAAUGAUGCGGUUGAUGAAAGUAGGUCGGAACAUAAGGAUCAUAUUGAUUCUCAUGAUAUGAGCUUCUGUCAUCUGGGUUGUGUAAGUGCCAAUGCCAUUGUGCACAAAGCUCUAACUAUUACUUACAAUAUAUAAAGAAAAGGUUAUGCCAGUCGA